CGCCUCGUCUCCGUGGUUACACUGGCGGAAGUUUUCGCAAUCCACCUGCUGCACUCGCACUUCGAACAGGAAAAAUAGCUCGACAAAUCGAUAUUUUGAAUUCCUAAAAACUAAGCUAAUCGAAGCCACGGGAAAGUUCUAGAACUAGCUACAUUCUAUCCCUGUCUCAACUUUAAUGGACAAACUAAAGAAAGUUUUGAGUGGCCAAGAUGGCAACAAUGAUGACGGCGACAUAUUGCAAGUAGGUACUUUUUCUAGAUAGCUAGCUACUGUAGUUAGCUAAUAUGUUUUUUACCCUAAAUAAUAGCUAGCUAAGUUUGGCUUUAUCGCUAAGCCGUUUGCCAAGCGUGCUUUAUCUACGUUAAUACGAGUACAGUUGCUUAGCAAUAACAUAGUUGCUAGAAACACUUGCUAGCUAGGUCAAUGAUAUCCAUGUUUUAUAGCUAUGUUGUUUAUAAAUGGUGCGGUGUUGACACAGGCGGCGAACCAAGCCUCCACCCUGGGCUGGGGCACUCGUAUGAAGGGCUUUAUCGCAUGUUUUGUGCUCGGGGUCUUGUGUUCCAUUCUGGUGAGUCGUCAUCUCUCUCCCAUUAUUUCAGCAUUGCUCUGACUGUAAAUGAUGUUUGUCACAGUCAGUCAGACUUGGAACAAACCAAGUGUUUCCCCAAACCUCAUUCAGUAAGCAAGUUCACAUAGCUAUGUAUUUAUUCCAGAAAGUACGGGGGGGGUGAUCUCUGAGAAAUUAAAAACUGUCUUUAGAGGUCUAGACACGAAGGGCAACUAGAAUGUGUCUACAGCAAUAUAAGGGUCGUUUGGGCCCCAGUGAUAGUGUCUACAGCAAUAUAAGGGUCGUUUGGGCCCCGGUGAUAGUGUCUAUAGUAAUAUAAGGGUCGUUUGGGCCCCAGUGAUAGUGUCUACAGCAAUAUAAGGGUCGUUUGGGCCCCGGUGAUAGUGUCUAUAGUAAUAUAAGGGUCGUUUGGGCCCCAGUGAUAGUGUCUAUAGUAAUAUAAGGGUCGUUUGGGCCCCAGUGAUAGUGUCUACAGUAAUGUAAGGAUCGUUUGGGCCCCAGUGAUAGUGUCUAUAGUAAUAUAAGGGUCGUUUGGGCCCCAGUGAUAGUGUCUAUAGUAAUAUAAGGGUUGUUUGGGCCCCAGUGAUAGUGUCUACAGUAGAAUAGGGGUCUACGCUAAAUUGUCCAUCCUCUUACCUGGUGGCAGGGGACAUGCUUGCUGUGGAUUCCAAGGGGUGGUCUGAUUCUGUUUGCCGUGCUGUACACACUCGGCAACGUUGCCUCUCUGUGCAGGUGAGUAGAGUUUUGUUGAGCGUGAGUGGGUGUAUGUGUGGCUUAUGUGGGCUUUUACAAAACAGGCCUAUUUUAGAUUUAAGCUAUCCGGGGGACCCUCGUCCAGUUUUUUAACACCUAACGUGCACAUGAUACAGCAAUCAAAUUUGUAGUGCAUUUGUACGUUGCUACAAUAAAGUCAGUGUAGUAAAAUAAUGUGUGUAUUCUCAGCACUAUGUUCCUGAUGGGACCCCUUAAUCAGCUGAAGAGGAUGUGUGCCAAAGAAAGAGCGCUGGCCACAGCUAUCAUGCUGGUGAGAACACACAACACACACACACAGUUUGUUUUGCUAUCCUUGUGGGGACCAAAAACGUAUUCCCGUUCAAAAUACUAUUUUCCCUAACCCUAACUUAUAAACCUAACCUCUAACCCUAAUUGUAACCCUAACUCUAACCCCUAAGCCUAAAAUAGACUGUUUCCUUGUGGAGACCGGCAAAAUGUCCCCACUUGUCUGAAUUUUCCAUGUUUUACUAUCCUUGUGGGGACCAAAAAACAUAUUCCCAUUCAAAAUACUAUUUUCCCUAACUCUAACUUCGAACCCUAAUUCUAACCCUAACCCCUAAGCCUAAAAUAGACUGUUUCCUUGUGGAGACCGGCAAAAUGUCCCCACUUGUCUGAUUUUUCCAUGUUUUACUAUCUUUGUGAGGACUUCUGGUCCCCACAAGGAUAGUAAAACCAAAAAAACACACACAGUUCUUGUUCAUUAAUUCCACGCUGAUUGUCUCUCCUUAAUUCUCUCCUCAUAGACAUGUCUGGUGCUAACUAUGUGUUCUGCUUUCUGGGUGAGUAUAACACACACACACACGAUACAUAUCCUGCACCUGUUGUGUUAUCAACUACCUGCAGUCUUUUUUAGCUAGUAUGUUUCUCAUUUAAACUUUGUCUUACAUUGUUCCACCUCAAAGUAUGUCUAGCUGAGUCCUGAGGGCUUCUCUCUCUCUCUACAGUGGAAGAAUAAUGGUCUAGCCUUACUCUUCUGUAUUCUACAGUUUCUGGCCUUCACUUGGUGAGUGACACACACACACACACACACACACACACACACAUCCUUGAGUAAUGUCCUUCCUUUAGUGUGUGUGUAUUACGCACAUCCCUACAGUCUGCAGACUGAGUGACACACACACACACACACACACACGCCCGGAGUUGUUCUGUGCUGAUGGCUUUUUGGCAGGCAGCUCAAUGCCAGGUCCUUAUUUGUAACUGAAAACAGAGUAAUUAUGGCCAUAGCUUUUAGCCUGGCUAAUCACACACGACUAAUGCAGCUAGCUUUGUUCUCUCAAGCACCUCCUUCACAAAGACAGGAGAUGCAUAUAUACACACACACACACACACACACACACACACUCUCUCUUGCCCACACACACUCUGAAAUACACACAGAUGCACACACAUUCAUGUACACGCUCUCUCACUCACUCACUCUCUCACACACACACACACACACACACACACACACACACAGGGAUACACACAUGUGCAAUUAGUUUACAGACAUACACAAACAUCAUUAAAAUAACUUACACAAACACUGUAACACAACAAACACACAACAAACACUCAUGCAUAUACUCUGUUUUCACAGACUCUCUGCCACUGACACACUUCAGAUAAAGACCUUAUCCAGCCCUUUGCUGUGUAUGAUGUAGCCUUCAGUGUGACUUCAGGUUGUCUUAUACUAUACUGUGGUGUUUCAGGUAUGGCCUGUCCUACAUUCCAUUCGCAAGGUGAGUGUUGGUUUACAGUAACUACCGGUCCACCUCUGUCCAUAGCCUUAAGCACUAUUGGUUUACAGUAACUACCGGUCCACCUCUGUCCAUAGCCUUAAGCCCUAUUGGUUUACAGUAACUACCGGUCCACCUCUGUCUAUAGCCUUAAGCACUAUUGGUUUACAGUAACUACCGGUCCACCUCUGUCCAUAGCCUUAAGCACUAUUGGUUUACAGUAACUACUGGUCCACCCCUGUCCAUAGCCUUAAGCACUAUUGGUUUACAGUAACUACCGGUCCACCUCUGUCCAUAGCCUUAAGCACUAUUGGUUUACAGUAACUACCGGUCCACCUCUGUCCAUAGCCUUAAGCACUAUUGGUUUACAGUAACUACCGGUCCACCUCUGUCCAUAGCCUUAAGCCCUAUUGGUUUACAGUAACUACCGGUCCACCUCUGUCCAUAGCCUUAAGCACUAUUGGUUUUACAGUACUACCGGUCCACCUCUGUCCAUAGCCUUAAGCACUAUUGGUUUACAGUAACUACCGGGCCACCUCUGUCCAUAGCCUUAAGCCCUAUUGGUUUACAGUAACUACCGGGCCACCUCUGUCCAUAGCCUUAAGCCCUAUUGGUUUACAGUAACUACCGGUCCACCUCUGUCCAUAGCCUUAAGCCCUAUUGGUUUACAGUAACUACCGGUCCACCUCUGUCUAUAGCCUUAAGCACUAUUGGUUUACAGUAACUACCGGUCCACCUCUGUCCAUAGCCUUAAGCACUAUUGGUUUACAGUAACUACGGUCCACCUCUGUCCAUAGCCUUAAGCCCUAUUGGUUUACAGUAACUACCGGUCCACCUCUGUCCAUAGCCUUAAGCACUAUUGGUUUACAGUAACUACCGGUCCACCUCUGUCCAUAGCCUUAAGCACUAUUGGUUUACAGUAACUACCGGUCCACCUCUGUCCAUAGCCUUAAGCACUAUUGUUUUACAGUAACUACCGGCCACCUCUGUCCAUAGCCUUAAGCCCUAUUGGUUUACAGUAACUACCGGGCCACCUCUGUCCAUAGCCUUAAGCCCUAUUGGUUUACGACUACCGUCCACCUCUGUCCAAGCCUAAGCCCAUAUUGGUUUACGUAACUACCGGUCCACCUCUGUCCAUAGCCUUAAGCCUAUUGGUUUUACAGUAACUACCGGUCCACCUCUGUCCAUAGCCUUAAGCCCUAUUGGUUUACAGUAACUACCGGUCCACUCUGUCCAUAGCCUUAGCACUAUUGGUUUACAGUAAUACGGUCCACCUCUGUCCAUAGCCUUAAGCCCUAUUGGUUUACAGUAACUACCGGUCCACCUCUGUCCAUAGCCUUAAGCCCUAUUGGUUUACAGUAACUACCGGUCCACCUCUGUCCAUAGCCUUAAGCCCUAUUGGUUUACAGUAACUACCGGUCCACCUCUAUCCAUAGCCUUAAGCCCUAUUCACACGGAACCAGUAUUACAUCAUCCCUUCCCAUUCAGUGAUAGUUCAGUCCUAAAGCUACGUUUUUGAAGUCUGAAAACUUCGGACAAACUUUUGACUUUGGAGUGUUUAUUCUUUUACUAAUGAUUGUUUCUUUGUUCACAGAGAUGCGGUGAUAAAGGCCUUCUCUGUCUGUCUGAAGUGAGGCUGCAAUCCUCCCCUUUCUCUCUCCCUCUGAGGGGUUAUGACGUGUGUGUGUGUUUGGGGUCGGCUAAAGCCCUCAACUCUCUGGCAAACACACAGACUCCACACAGGUGUGCUGGGCUGGUGCCCACUGAGUAAACACUCGUCACCGAAUGCUUUACAGAUCAGAAGUGUACGUGAGGGAUGAUGUUGUGUAGAGGAAUCUGUUUGUGAGGGAAGCCUUAUCUUCUCUGUGUGUAUAUGGUGUGGUGUCUGUGUCCCUUUAUGGUCAGUGUCUGUGUCCCUUAAUGGUCAGUGUCUGUGUCCCUUUAUGGUCGGUGUCUGUGUUCCUUUAUGGUCGGUGUCUGUGUCCCUUUAUGGUCAGUGUCUGUGUCCCUUUUUCUUUGUUUUCCCACACAGUGAGUCCAGCUCAUCUUAAUGUACCACCUCUGUCAUUUCUCUAACUGUAAAUCAAACCAGUCCAAAACUAUUCAGGUCUAUAUUUAGGUGCCAACAUGGUGUGUCUUCACUAGUUCUUUGUAGGUGUUUAUUUACAUGUAUAAACUGGGUGGUUUGAGCCAUUAUACCACAGUCCAGGCACUCCGCAUUGCGUUGUGCUGAAGAAUAGCCCUUAGCCAUGGUAUAUUGGCCAUAUACCACAC